ACCUAUUUCUAUGUGGACAGCAGCCACAACUCAGCAUUAAAGUGUUUUGAGGCUCUCCAGCCCCCACCACCAAUUCUGCUCCUGUUGUGAUUGUCACGACAGUUGUCCUCGUUAUCUCUAGAAGAGCCACACUUCUGCAGCCAGGAGUGUGACCCUUGUUUCUUUCCUUGUGUCUGUCGGCCCAGGUUCUACCUUUUCUUUGGUACUUAAGUGUCCUUGUUCCUGGGGUUCAGCUAAGGAAACUGAAGAGCUGGCACCUGGCAGGGGGAUAAGGCAUUCUUCUGCUGAUGGCAGAAGCCACACCCCAGGGGAUCAGCCUACCCUUGGGUGCGUCUUGCUAGUGUUCUGUAGAGCUGCAGUGGGAGCCUCCCUGCCCAGGGUGACAUGGAGCUGUGUUGGCACAAGCCUGAGACCCUGUUCACCCUGUCAGUGCUGUUUGCUUAUUUUCCUCGAAGGACAGGUUUUGAAUAUGUAAGAUAUCAUCCUGUGGGCUGGAGAGAUGGCUCAGUGGUUAAGAGCACUGACUGCUCUUCCAGAGGUCCUGAGUUCAAAUCCCAGCAACCAUAUGGUGGCUCACAACCAUCUGUAAUGAGAUCUGAUGCCCUCUUCUGGUGUGUGUGUGUGUGUGUGUGUGUGUGUGUGUGUGUGUGUCUGUGUGGUGUGUCUGUGUGUGGUGUGUGUGUCUGUGUGUGUGUGAUGUCAGCUACAGUAUACUUAUAUAUAAUAAAUAAAUCUUAAAAAAAGAUAUCAUCACUUAGGAGGCUAAAGGAAGGUGAUCAUAAAUUUAAGGCCAGUUUGGGAUACAUAAUGAGACUUAACAAACAACAGCAAAGCAAAACAAAAGUAAAUCACACACACACACACACACACACACACACACACACACACACAGGGAAAUGGGACUGAGGAUAUAGCUAAAGUGUAAAGUGCUUACCCAGCACGUAUAAGGCCAUGGGUUCAAUCCCCAAUAUUACACAAUGAAGCCAAACCAAACAGCAACAAUAGAAGUGGUUAUGCCUGACUUUGAGAAACAGAGAGAGUAAAUGUGACCCUUAGCUGUGCCCAAGUCCCCAACCAGACAGAGAAGCCCUAGGGAAUCACAGGAUAGGCAUUAAGGCCCAAGAAUGCCUGGGCAGUUAGCAGAGGCCCAGGCUUCCCCUCCAGGGUAGAGCUGGCAGGGUAGGUAGGGGAGGUCUUAGACUGGGCUCAGAGCCAUAGACAUACUGGUAGGUAUGAGUCAGAUCUUGUGUGGACUUACGGAGAAGUAUGUGUAUAUGUGAUGACGGGUAUCUGUGUGAGAAACAGCAGUCUCUAGCUCUGGGGGGGCUCGCUCCACCUAAAACAGGACAUCUAGGGGUGUCAGGCAAGAGCUGUCAACGCUCUCAGGCCCCAGGCUACAGCAGACCUCCGUGGUCCGUAGAUUUAUUGCUCCUGACACAAACUGAACCUGAUAGCAUAUGUGACCUUGGUCAGAGGUCAAGCCCUAUUCCAACAAAAUCUGUACUUUAGGGGCGCCAGGAGAUGGCAGGUAAGAGUUCUGAGCCAGGAAGGGCACGAAGGGGAAGGCCUCGGCCAGCACAUGCCUGAUGUUUUGGUUACUUGCCUUGUUACUGUGACAGAACAACCCAACUGGAAUUAAGCUUGAGCGAGGAACGGUUAUCUUGGCUCACUGCAAAGACAGAGGCUAUCACCAUGGAAAGACAGGGCAGUGGGGCUUGAGGCCUUCAGGAGGCACAGAGUAAUGGAGGCUGGGGCUCAGUCCUGACCUGACCCCAAGGCAUGGUAAGAGCCACAUUCCAGGUGAGCCUUCUUACCUCUGUUAGCCUCCUCUAAGCAAACCCCCAGAGAGGCUUGUCUCCUCCGUGGUUGCAGAGCCUGCCACAUUGGAGCAUUAACAUUGCGUGGGCUUCCAGCCUGUUCCUGAGCAGAUAGUAUAACAGCCUGAACUUACAAUGAGCAGAAAUGUGUGGGCUCACAGGCCAGAGGCGGCAAAGCUUAGGAGUACCCCCGGGCCUUCUUGUUACCCCACCACACAGGGGAAAGUCAGCAGAGCCAAACCCUCCCAUCUGUACUCACUUGUUUUCCUUUGAGACAGGGACUCAUGUAGCCUAGGCUAGCUCUUAUUUAAUCCACGAUGUAGCCAAGGAUGACCUUGAACUUCUGAUUCUUCUUUCCUCAUUUCCCAAGAGAUGGGAGAUCACAGGUAUUGCCAUUAGACCCAGUUUAUGGGGCACUGGAGAUGAAACUCAAGGCAAGCACCCAUUGUGCUGCACUCACAUCCCAGCCCCCUCCAUUCCUGGCUUUAGUGGCCCAAUUGCCCUUUAGAAGCCUUACCUCCUAACCCCGUUACCAUGGCUACCAAAUGUCUACAUAAAUUUGAGAAGGAACAUUUAAACCAAAGCAAAGCCCCGUGUCUCCCCUGACAGUGAGAUUCUCAGAUUACCCCUUGGCCCUGCCCACCUGGCUGGGUUUAUCCAUGCUCUUCUCCAGCCUGACUGGACAGGGUCUGAUGCUGUGUGAGAGUCAAGAGCUAUUUCUGAUCACAGCAGGAAGGCCAGCUCCUUCAAGGGUCUGGCCCUCUCCUUACAUGGGGUAGGGACUCGGGGGACAUCCUGUCCCUCGGCCUCAUUUGCAUUCUUGGAGCAGAAUGUGCUGGUGAGCCCCAGGGACAGCAGUGAGAGGGGCCUUCAAUUCCAGCCGUUAGUACUAGAAGCAGCCGCAUCCAGUGGAACCCUCAGGACUUCAGCUCCUAGGCAGCCCUGCUCAGUAGGGUGUUUGUUGGUGAGGGGUAUUAUGGUAGCUGUCAGAUACGUGUGGCUGCCGAGACCUGGAACUGUAGUCAGUGUGAUGGGGUAGAGUACAUUAUAUGUAUGUAUGCAUGUAUGUAUAUGCAUAUUUAUAGUGUGUAUGUGUAUAUGCAUAUGUGUGUGAGUGUAUGUGUGUGUGUGUGAAGAGAGAGAGAGAGAGAGAGAGAGAGAGGAUGUUCAUGCUCACAUGUGAGAUUCAUUUGUAGAGGCCAGAAAUCACCUUGGGUAAUAUUCCUCAGACCUCUGCUCUGUUUUGACUCUCGAUGGCUGGAACUCACCACUUAGGCUAACAGGCUGUCUUUGUCCUUCAUCUCCGAAACGUUGGGAUUACAUGUGUAGCCCACCCUUAUAUUUUUAAUAUGAGGGGUCCAACUUGGGCCCCCAGUUUCCUCCUCUAAAUGUAGAAAGGUUAGUAUCAACUAUGCCUUCUGCUGCUUUUCUGCUCGGCUCCCACACUCAGCGGGUCUCCUGGGGGCAGAGGUACAACCUGACUGAGCACCCUUGCGUCCUUCCUACAGUCUGCCGCUGAGCCUUCGUGAGGCCAUCUCCCUGGGUCCCCACAGUACUGGCCUCAGGUGGUGCUGACUUCUUGGGGUUCCUCCCUAAUUGCCUUUUGAGAGGAGCCGGGGAUAAGGCAGGGUCAUUCUCUGCUUGUAGGAGGUGAUCUCACCCAGGGCUGACCUGGCUUUCUCCUGGGUCACAGGUCGGUACUCAGGGACAUCAGCAUGUAGUUCCCUCUGACCUGUUGGGGUGCCGACAUGGCCAAGAAGACCGAGAGCUACCCCCAACUCAGAUGAGUGGCUUAGAGUCUCUGGGUUUCAGUCUCUGGGAUCUGUGGAAGGGUGACUUAGUCUGUGCACCUGCUCUGGCCUCCGUUUCCCUCAAGUUUCCCAGCCAUAGCAGUGAAGCCUCGUCUCAUGCAAAGGAACGGAAGUUCAGCCAAUCCAAGAGUUCCGUUAUACGGGGUUGGGGAUGGAGUGGAGAGUACCCAAGUGUUUAGUGUGUGUUCUUCUACCCCCUGCCAUACCCUGAUGUCUCCUGGUCUUUUUCUGUCGUUGGCGAUGCCCAGGGACUGUGUGACCAUCGCUCACAGUUUUUCAUCGGCUCGUAUUCUAAGCUGUGCUUCUCUGUCAGUGAUGACACACAGUCUGCUGGGGAAGAUGGCCCUCCCUGGCCAGAGGACUAGGAUUCUGUCCAUGGUCCUCCCUACAACAUGACUGCCCAGUGACUGAGGGUCGUCAAGGGCCGUCAGGAAGCCCUCCCCGCCUCUCGUCCAAUCCAGAGUGGUCAAGCCAGGCAUCCUCUGAGCCCUCUCCUAACAGCUAACUCUGAAGAAAAGGGGCUUAGGGUCAGCAGGAGCCCGAGAGGCCACAUUCCAGAGGCCUGCAUGAUGGGCACCUGACCAAUUUCCAGCUGAAAUCUUCCAGCUUUCUCGUGUCACUGAAGCUGGACCAGCAGAAGCAGGAGCAAGCAAUGGCCCUUCUGCGGCAGCGAGCAGAGCAGGAGGUGUGUGAGACACAAAUGGCACUCGAUGAACUUCUCUUCAAACAGCAGCUGAAGAGGUGGAUGGAGAAACCCUCAGUCCAGCAAGGGCCAGAAGAGUCUUCAAAACAGAAACAGCAGCAGAUGUGUGGUGGCCCAGAGCCGAGCACAUUCUCUCUCCACACGAUGACAACCAGAUCCAAAGACAACACCUGGUCCUUGAAGCAUCUUGAGGAAGCAAAGGCAGUUUCUGCAGAACCGGUGCAGCAGGGCACACCCUCCUCCCUGCUGGUUCCAGCCAAGUUCCACCCUUCAGACAGACCUACUUACCAGUGUACCUCUCUGCAGUGGAACGGAGCGAGGCCAGAGCCACAAACAGAAGGGCCCAGAGACUUCCACCGCUUCAAUGUUGCAAUGCUGGAACAGAGUCUGAGAGACGAAGAGCUUCGCGCACAGUACCAGACUGCCGUGCUGCGACUGCGUGAGCUGGCCCUGGAGGAAAAGGCCCGUGCUGAGCUGGCCUACCUGGAGCACCAGAGAGGGUGCCUGGGCAAUAUGGGACGUGAAGUAGCAUGGGCCACUCUGUGUGCAAAGCAGCAACGAAUCUUCAGCAGACUUGAGAAGGAACGGAAGGAAAUCCAGUACCUAAAGAAGAUGUACUUGUCCCUGCACCAAGGUAGAAAGCAGCUUCUGCAACAUCAGCAGUCUAUCCUCAAUGUGCAGAGGUCAAUGGCCCACUUGCGGCAGGAGCUCCGGGUACGAGGCCGGCUACUGAAGAGUUGCAGCCCCAGAGUCAAGACCGCCUGGGAAGAGGUCUCCGAGGCAAGUCAGAAACUGGAGGGGCACAGGUCUGGAAGCUCCCAAAGCCACCACCCCCAGGAAAUCUCUGAGAGCUCGGAAAGUGCACACCUUUCCCAUGAGCAGAAGAAAGUGACACCACCCCAGACAACUUCAGCUGCAGAUGAGUACCUGAAGCAAAUGGAUGUCACGCCUGGGACCAGAAACCCAUCCAUGGACAGUGAACAUGAUGGCCAAGGACCUGGAAAACAGCCUUGUGUCUUUCUUCCUGGUCUGUUCUACUUGAGCUCACUGGACCCUGGACAUCAGAAAACCCCAACCGCCCCCGUCACCAAGAAAGAUGGCAGCUCGGUCUCUCAGCCAAAGCCACAGGAGGCCAAGGAACUGCCUCCUCCAGGAGACCUACAGACCAAGCCCAGUGUUGCCCAGGCAGUGGAGAGGCCCUUGGCUACUACAGAAAGCCAUGCUUGGAGCCUGCAGGGACAGUAUGGGCAGUCCCUAAGUGAAGAUGGUCCUUGUCCCCAGGAAGCCAGACACGUGGCUGAAAACAGAACAAGCCAAGGGCUGGAUGUUUCCAGAAGCUCUAAGGAAGAAGCCCGAAAAGAGGCACACUCUGAGUCAGAGCAGCAAAGGGGCGGAGCCUGUCAGCAGGAGAGCCGGGACGUCUGCUCGGCCCGUCCGGAAGCUGAGCAGGAGGCUGCUCCACCAGCAGCUCCUGCGGCCUAUGAGGCUGAAGCACAGUCUGCCUGGCGCCUCGACAGCCCUCCAUGCCAGCCUGCUGCCAUCUCGGAGCUGUGUUCUGAGACUGCUUCUAGUAACCAUUCAGGGUCUUCUGAAGGCCCUGCCUUAUCUCUCACCCACUCAGCUGACUCAGCGAGUAACCUCUCCUGUGCAUCUCUCCAGGAGUUUCAGAAAGCCACGGCUACCCUAGUCCAGCUUUCUGACAGUCCCGCAUCCCUGUCCCACUUAGAAGCUGAAGAUACCCUGCUGCAUGCAGAUCCUAGUUGGUCUAGGGAGCUUUCUGCUCAUGAUUCCUGGAAAGACCCAGGCCUGCCUUCAUUCUGGGGUCUCCACCAGGGCCUUCCUCAGCUAGAGGGGGUUCCUGGCAAUGUAGAACAAGUGACCCCGCAGAGACUGGAAGGUGGCGGGGCCAGACUCCUCAGUGGCUUCUCUGAGGAGGUAGCUGUGGCAGCAGGUUUAGAGCCAGACUUCAGCUCCCUUCAGGCUGGCUGGCCGCUGCUGUUCCCACGUGCUCCUUCUCCAAAGUUGGGGUCAGAGCUGUCAGAGUCCUCCAGCCAAAUCUGGGAAGAGAACAGUGAGAACCUUGCAGAGCCCAGCCCUCGUGUUGAACCAGACUCAGGGAGCUCCUUGCCUACAAAUGGUUCAUUGAACCUGGAAGGCAGUGGAGGGCCCCAUACCAGAUAUACCUCCCCAAGUCCUGGGGGAGAGCAAGAAGCUUCCAGAACCCAUAGUAGUCUGAGUGAUACAUCCAAUACAGAGAAAACCAGGCAGAUGUCCCCUGUGGCCACCUUCACAGUGUUCCCACCCCAGAGUCUGUCUGUCAGUGAUUCGACUCUGUCACUGUCUGUUCCUUUGGACACGUCCUCCUUAGAAGGGGCAGGUCUCAGUAAAGUAAGCAUGCCUACUGAGGCCUCAGCUGGCUGCCAGGGGGAGCCCCAGGAUGCUGUCACAAGCCCAUCCAUGCAGAGGAAACCCCUACAGGCCUCACCUGAUUCAAAGGUGGCUACUACCCCACAGGCUCCUUCUGAGGGCGGAGCUCCCUGUGCCACAGAGCUAGCCAGUCCCUCAGGUGAAGGUGGCUUCUUGACUGAAAUACUGUCUCCUGUGGAUGAGGUGCUGUCUUAUGGCAGUGGGGACCUUACAUCCUCCAUCCACAGGGUCACCCACCUCCUUCCACCCCCUCCCACUCCCCAAGCAAAGAGUGAUAUCAGUGAGCCCAACCCCAGCUCAGAAGACUUCCCUUCCCCACCUGAGGAGGCCAUGUUUUCAGGUGACUCACUGGACACCCUAGGAGAGGGUCCAACCAUUACCACUGACGACAUGUCCUCUUUAUCCGAGGAGGUUCUGGGGGAAGCCCUCUCCCUGGGGCCUCAGGAGUCAGGACACCUGGGAGCAUCUGGGCAAGCUGGAGACCUGGGUGACUCAACUUCAACAUCUCCCUUGAGUAAUGGGGAUGGAAGUGCCCCUGGGAAGUCCACAAGACUGUCAGCUCAGCCCCUGACUUCAUCCCCCGGGUCUUGUGUGGCCAGAGAUCUUCAGGCCUUAGACAGCCAAGGUGGACCUCGGGAAAGGGUACAGUGUUUCAAGGGUGCAGAGCACCAGCAAGGGAUAGAAUACAUCUCAGACAGAAGGGAAGCCACAUCUUCACCCUCCUGGUCUACACCUUCUGAAGGCUCACCCCCAGGCCCAGUGCCAGUGGUGCCCAGUGGCCAGGCUGAGUCCCUCAAGCACACUAGCGAGGAGGAGAAGGCAGGUCAGAGCUGCUGCACAGAGGACCAGUCCAAGCUCCAGGAUUUGUUGGGUACACAGCAGCUCCCUAGGAGAGACUGGGCUUUUGACCCUGUCUCUGAGGGUGCCUGUGCUGAUCUUCUAGGGACAGGAGAUGCUGGGCCAGUGGAUGUGGUGUCCACCCAACUCAGCAGGAGAAUCUUGCGUGAGUCUCUGGCUGCACUGUCAGGGCUGGUCCCUGGAGACAGUCCCUAGGUGUAUGUGCUCUAAAAGAUGAUAGAAACUCAGACAUCUGACAUGCCACUGUGUGUGUGUAUGUGUGUGUGUGUGUGGUAUGUGUGUGCGUGUGUGUGUGUGCGUGCGAGCGUGUGUACAUGCAUACGCACCAUGGUCCCUGUGUAGAGGUUAGAGGAUGGCUUUUGGGAAUUGGUUCUACAGUGGUUCUAGGGACAAGGGCUUUUACCUGCUGAGCUGUGUCUCCGGGAUUUUGUUGUUGUUGUUGUUGUUGUUAUUUCGUUUGGAUGGUUGGUUAGUUGGUUGGUUGAGCUUUUGUUGUUUAAAAAAAAAUAGGUUCUGGGGAUUGAAUGUUCCCAUACUUGCAAGGCAAGUGCUUUACCAACUGAAGAAUGUCUUCAGUUCCGUCUGUCUUCAGUUCGUCUGGAUCUUGCUGUUAGACAUAGCAAUGUUUCCGAUGGAUUGCUUGUGGCUGAGGGACCUUUGUUCAUCCUGUGGAGAUGGAGAACAUGUAACUAGGCACUCUAGGCAAGCAAGGCCUACAGCUUCUUCCCAGAAGAAGAAGCUUGUCCUGUGAUUUACUAUUUUACUCUUGCUCUCAUAGCAUUUUCUGCAACACUGAUUUUUCUCAGGAACACAGUGACUAGGGACCCAAAAAGAGUCUUGUCCCUUGUACACCAAGGCCAAGACUACCUCCUUUAUUCCUUAGGGGCCUUCUGGGACAGAAUGACCAAGGUGGUUAUUGAAAGUGUGGGGAGGUGACACAAGUGGUUCUUACAAGGAAGCAGUGACCAUUCUCUACAAGAACACCUUCUUCCCUGAGGACAGACAUCAGGGACUUGUUGACCCAACCACUCAGGAUUUCCUGCUUAAUGGUGGGAAUGAGACCAGUUUGCAAUGUCCAGGACCUCAUCUAGCUCAGGGGUGGGCUCACCAGGUGUCUGGGAUCUCUAUAGGGACUAGAGUGGCCCUGGGAUGGGUUCCCAUGGUUAGUUCCCCAGGAGAACAGAACAAUUCGGGGGCUUGUAUAAGGGCAAGGAGAGGUCACCAAAAGCAGUGACUUCUGUUAGAGGCUCCACCUUUCCCUCCCUUUGUGGACUCUGGUAAGAUCAUGAGGGAGAAAAGGCUGCCUGCCACUCACUGCUGGCAGCCUGGUAACCACAGUGUUGUUCUGGCUGUUGCUGCUGAGUGCUGGUACACAGGCUCAGACAGUGGUAAAAUCUUGUCUACCUCCUUAGCUCCACGGAGGCUCUGUGGGGCCCAGAGCAAUCAAAUGGAAGGGCUGUCUUGAGGGAUUCUAGGAUCUUGUGCUAGACUCUGACUGGAUGCCUCAUGCAGGCAGGAGUGUCCUACGCGUCUUACUUGUACAGUGUUCUCCCCCUGUCUUCAGUGCCCCAAGGAGGUGGCACUGUGUGUGUAUGUUCAUGUAUGACAGGGGUUUACUCUGUGACCCAGGUUAGCUUUGAACUCUCUCUGCCUCAGCCUCACAAGUACUGGGAUUAUAGACAUGAGCUGCCCUGCUCUCUAACAGGAGUGGCUGGCUUUUUACACAGACCCAGAAGUCAGUCAGUUAGGUUUUUUCAGAGGAAGCAGAUUUCAAAAUCUGAUUUUUGAAUCCAGCUUGAACAGGAUAUCAUAGGAUGAAGCUCAUAUACAUGGUCGGAACUCCCAGAGGUUGCUUUCUGUGUCUUAAAUCAGCAUGCAUGUGCACGUGUAUAGGCAUGUGUGUAUGUAUAUACAUGGGUGUGUGUACCUAAUCGUCUGGCUUGAAUUCUUCACAGUUCCCUGUUUGUUGAUGUAUACUCACUGUUCAUCUUGCUGGUCUCAUGACAUUGUUCCCCAAGUGUGCCAUCUGACUGCACUCAUCCUCUACCACUCGCUCUCCUCCCCAUCCAUCCCCUUCAACUCUCAGCUUUGCUCUUGUCUUAUUUUACCCAUAAAAACUAUGCUUACUGCCAAGUGGUGGUGGUGUACACUUUUAAUUCCAGCGCUCAGGAGGCAGAGGCAGGCAAAUCUCUGUGAGUUCAAGGCCAGCCUGGUCUGCAGAGAGAGUGUGUUCCAGGACAGCCAGGGCUACACAGGGAAACCCUGUCUGGAAAACAAAGCAAAGUUACGCUUACGAAUAAUCUGUGCCAAUGACGUUGGUUUGUGCUCCAUGAGGAAGCUGGGUUGUAGGAGGUGGCGUUUCGCUUGGUGAUAAUGAGAAAUUGCUCAUAUAAAAGCAGUUGAGGCUUCACACAGUAGCCAGGUAAUAUAUACGCAUUUGCCUUAUAUAUCAGUUUUUAAAAAAUUAAAAAAUAAAUAACCUAAAAUUUGAAGAAA